GUUUUACGCACAACCCACAUUGUCCAAUGACGUCCUGGGUUGGUGACUAUUGGACGAAUGACAACUGGAAGCCUUUCGAAAGGAGAUCAAUAUGAGUAAAUAGUGAUGUGGUUAUGGCUGAAAGAGAAAAUGGUGUGAUGGGAUUCCUAAAACGGUAGUCCCGUACGGCGAGGGACCAAGGGAAACCAUGUCGUCGGAGCUACAAGAAACGAUAUGCACGGCCAGGCAAGAGAGGCACAAAAACCUGUUCCUGAACUAUCGGAACCUGAAUAUCUUUCCUUUGGAACUUCUGAAGGACGAGGGCCUGCAGUUUCUGGAGCGCCUCUACAUGAAGAGGAACUCUCUAACCACCCUGCCUGAAAAUCUGGCCCAGAAGCUCCCGAACCUCAUUGAGCUGUACCUGCAUUCCAACAACAUCGUCAUUGUUCCUGAAGCCAUUGGAAACCUGGCGAAGCUACAGUCCCUGGACCUGAGUGACAACGCCCUGCAGGUUAUCUGCCCCGAGAUUGGCCGACUUCGCUCCCUGCGCCACCUCAGAUUGGCCAACAACCAGCUCAAGUUCCUCCCACCAGAGAUAGGGGACCUGCGGGAGCUGGAGACUCUGGACGUGUCGAUGAACAUGCUGAGCACGCUGCCGGCGCGGCUGCACCAGUGCCUGUCCCUGCAGUGCCUCACCGCCGACCGCAACUGCCUGCGCUGCCUGCCCCGGCAGCUCACCCAGCUACACAGCCUCAACGAGCUGAGCAUGGCCGCCAACAGCCUGGCCUCCCUGCCCCUGGAUCUGGGGCGCUCCCGGGAGCUGCAGUUUGUCUUUGUCGACAACAACGUUCACUUGAAGGGCCUCCCGUCCUUCCUGUACAACAAGGUGAUCGGAUGCAGCGGGUGUGGGCUGUCGGGGCAGGUGUCCGACACGAAGCUGCUCUCUGUGGCGCUGGAGGAAGUGAGCGUGCCCAUGCCGGCAGAGGUGAAGUCCAUCGGCGUGGAAACGGAGAGGGUCAUGCCCCUGGAGGAGCUGGCUAUGAGAGCACUGCACUGCAUGUACAGCCCUCUGCUCAAAGAUGUGAAGUUCCUGCCCCCGAUCUCGUUACCCACGAGCCUGCUGGAGCUCCUGCGCUGUCCCCUGGGUCACUGCCACCGCUGCAGCCAGCCCAUGUUUACCAUCGUCUACCCCAAACUCUUCCCCCUGAGAGAGACCGCCCUGGCGGGGGUGCACCGCAGGACCACAGUGAGCUUUGUGGCGUACUGCUGCUCUAGCCAGUGCGUGCGGACGUUUGACCUCCAGAGUUGAUCCACGGUGAGGGGGGGUCAGGUGAGGGGGGGAGAGACAGCCCUCCUCCCUCUAAUGCACCCCGAAACUUCCUCUCUGCCGCCAACCAGAGCGGAGGUCCCCUGACAUGAAGUCCUCUCAGCACUUCCUGAGGAAAGGCUGGAUUCCAAUCAGCACUUUGACCGGAGUUGACCGAACCGCACUUUGACCAGUCCACGAACACGAACUUACUGGAUCUCCCUACGCCAUGUCAGAUGUCCUCGGUAGCAGUUUUUUUACACUGAAGGACGACAUUGGCUGGGCGGAUCCGUAACAGUAGCCAAUGAGAACGAUCGAUGAUGCAGUCACAGCUGAGUUGCACGGUUGCAGAUGAGUCCUCGUCCUGGCCAUCGCCCUCGUUUUUACACAAUCACCCACUCUUGUACAAAAGGUUCCUCCCUCUCGGUUCCCUCGCAGAAUUUAUUUUCAUACUUCACAAAUAAAUUUUAUAAACACGACACUAAUGUGGAAAACAGAAGUGAUAGUUUAAACAGUAAAUAAAUUAAAAUCCAAUUUGACAUUCAUCAUAAAGCAGUUGUUUAUAAGUUUUAUAGAGACGGGAUAUUUUUUAUCCAUAAGAUUUGCACUGCUCCCUGUAAUUGUGUUUCCAUUUGAAUGCAACAUUUGCCCAGAAGGUAGCUUUUUUGUAUUGUUCAUUUUGCAGCUGCCUCCUGUCCAGGAUGACUGGCAUUUUGACAUAUUGUAUGUACUGUGUAUUUACUGAAGCAAUACAAGUUAAGGGCCUGAUUUACUAAGACCUUUCGCAUGUGCGAAACCUUUUUACGCACGCAAAACCAAUAACAUGACCAAUGAUUGGUCAUGCUAUUUGUUUCGCACCAAAGUUUGGUUGUGGAAUUAUUUUUGCCUGUGCUAAAAGGUUUUGCAUGUGCUAAGGCCUUAGUUAAUCUGGCCCGAAGUACCUUAAUCAAAGUGUACGGCAGCAGUGCCCCUCCUGGUCGUAGGAUGCAACUGCGCCUUUGCUCCCCUUGCCAUUUUUCCAUUGGCCUAAUGUGGAUGAUUUGUAUAAAUAUAUAAAUACUUCAUUUAAGUGAUGAUAAAAUCUGAUUUUGAAAUAGGUUUUGGACAUGGAUUGGUGUUUUUUCUGAACAAGAGGGAGAAAACAAAAAAAAAAGACUAAUAAAUUAAUAUAUUUUGAAGUGAUUGCUAUAUUACCUGUUUGGCCAUGAAAUCUGAAUGUCCAUCAGUCAGGAGCCACGCGAUGAUCUCUCUGAAAGAUCUCACCUGCAUUUCGGUAAGCGCACUGAUUGGCCGAGGCAUCAGAGCUAGUUGAUUGGUCGAGGUGGCGCUAGUUGGCUCUGGACCUGGCGUGAUGGCGCCUUCAUAGCUGAAGACUCAUCAUGCAUCGUCCUCCCCCCUAUAGUCCUGGUGGCACUGAUGGCCAACUUCAGAGAUUGUAACCCUGUUUUGCAAAACAGGACAACUGGAAUCGGAUGCCAGAACAACAUUCGCUGUUCUUGAAGUUUCUUGAAGUUCUGUAAGUUUAGUGUUGUGGUCGAAAAAAGAUUCACCAAAAGUCACCACCGUUUUAAGGAUUUUGCUGCUCAAUAACUGUAUUCGUGUCUGGCAAUGAAGGACUGAAGGGACAAUGAUUGUGAAAAUACUGCUCUUUUCAGAUAAGUGGCUUAUCGAGUCGUCUGACACCUCUGCAUCGUUUGAGUGGGGCUCGUGUUGUUGUUUUUCUCGGAUAUGUAUUGUACCACACUAAAACCCGAGCUACGGUUCUCCCAGCUCCAAUGAAGAAAGAGAACAUUCACUGUCUGCGUUGUGCAUCGUGUAUGUCAUGCUACCCCUGCGGUGAAAACGGCUCGAUUGUGUAUUCACCUUUGGACAUUUGUACUCUGAGUGGGGGGGAAGCUGUGGCGGUAAAACAUGAAUAAUUGCUUAUUUUUCGAGGAGUCUGGCGUGCUCUCUGUAAUAACAAGCGCUGUUUUCUUUGGACGGGCACCGUUAAACACGGGCCCGAUCGCUCGCUCACCUCCAUCCAGGUGAUUGCGCAGGAACUUUUAGGGGCCCCCGAAGACCGUGGAAAAAAAGGCCGCGGGCCUCAUCAAUCUGCCGGCGGCGCUCGCGCCUGCCUAAAAAAGGCAAGGUUUUUCGCCCGCGGCUAGCCGACAAAAGGGGAGAGCCGAGGAGAGAGCCCUGUCUGCUCUUUUUUUUUUCUCUCUCAUUUGUUUUCAUUUGGAAUUUGGAAAUACAAGGUUGUGGCCCACAGGGUCUUUGGUUUCUUUUUAAAAAAAAAAAAACAAAUAA